AUGCAGAAAAUGUGCAAUUCAGUUAAAACCGAACUUGAGUUUCCUUUGAAGUGUAAAGAUUAUCCUUUUACAAAGAAACUUCUUUACAUAAUGAAGCAAUGGGGAUCAACACAUGUGGCUCUUUUAAAUUCUCAAACACAUCCCCAAAGUUGGGAUUCUAAAAAAGGAAAUAUAAGAAAAGUUGAAGCUGCCACAACAAGAAAAAGAUUCAAUUGA